AUGUGAACAGGACACCCCAGGUUGGAAGUGUCCGUCUUUCUCAAGGUAAGUUUGGACUGAGGUCACUGGGAGCUGUGCGCUGUGGUACGCAGGAGCUUCGGGGCUCCGUUGAGGUGCAGCGUCCUGGAGUUCACUGAGACAGAUGGUGAUCAUUAGGUGAUCAGUUAUUGUAGUGGAUUUCAGCCACGGGGUUCUGAUGAGGAGUGUGUCUGCGGGUGCACUGUGGACCGAUGAUGAUGCCCCCAGGCUAAGGAGAAGCCCACGGGUCGGAUGGAGUGGCUGAACUUCACUCAUCGUCCGAGGAUGACUUCAGAGGCCUGGAGAGAAACACAUGUCGUCCAGAGACCCGUCCACCAGCACGUGGAGAACAGCUGUCGGUGUGAACAUGCAAGAGACAAGGGUUACCGUCACGAGAGGGGGAGGAGGUGAGGGAUGGGAAGAGAGGGAGAGAGAGAGAGAGAGAGAGAGAGAGAGAGAGAGGGAGAGAGAGAGGGAGGGGGAGGCAGUCCGUGCGCCGGCUGUGGAGCACACUAGUGGCCGCAGACCGGACGGGUGUGUGCGCCGUAAGGAUGGAGGUUCGACCGGACAGGCUGAAGGAGGUGGCUGGAAAGACCCUGGGCAAGAUCCACAGGUUGUUGGAGAGGCGUCAGCCGAACGGCGAGACCAUCGAGCUGUCGGCAGAGGGUCGGCCCGAGCUGGUGCAGGAGAAGGAGCUGCCCGUUGUAGACUGCACCUGCUUUGGCUUGCCCCGUCGCUACAUCAUCGCCAUCCUUUCCGGUCUGGGCUUCUGCAUCUCCUUCGGCAUCCGCUGCAACCUGGGAGUGGCCAUUGUGAGCAUGGUCAACAACCACACCGUGCUCAAGGGCAACAAGGAGGUGCUGGUGGGUGCCCAGUUUACAUGGGACCCAGAGACGGUGGGCAUGAUCCAUGGCUCCUUCUUCUGGGGCUACAUCGUCACACAGAUCCCCGGUGGCUUCAUUUGCCAGAAGUUUGCUGCCAACAGAGUGUUUGGCUUCGCUAUCGUCGCCACAUCUACGCUCAACAUGCUGAUUCCGUCGGCAGCGCGAGUGCACUACGGCUGUGUGAUCCUCGUCAGGAUAUGCCAGGGACUUGUGGAGGGUGUGUCGUACCCAGCAUGCCAUGGGAUCUGGGCGAAGUGGGCCCCUCCUCUGGAGAGAAGCCGAUUGGCUACGACUGCCUUCUGCGGUUCGUACGCCGGGGCCGUGGUGGCGAUGCCCUUGGCAGGGGUGCUGGUGCAGUACUCUGGGUGGUCCUCAGUCUUCUACGUUUACGUUUUGGGAUAUUCUGGUACCUCUUCUGGAUCCUGGUGUCCUACGAGAGCCCGGCUGCUCACCCAACCAUUACUCCCGAGGAGCGGAAGUAUAUUGAGGACGCCAUCGGGGAGACGGCGGGCCUUGUAAACCCCCUGCAGAAAUUCAAGACCCCGUGGAGACAUUUCUUCACCUCCAUGCCAGUGUACGCCAUCAUCGUGGCAAACUUCUGUCGCAGCUGGACCUUCUACCUGCUCCUCAUCAGCCAGCCGGCGUACUUUGAGGAAGUGUUUGGCUUUGAGAUCAGUAAGGUGGGUCUGGUGUCUGCCCUUCCCCAUCUGGUGAUGACCAUCAUCGUCCCUAUUGGGGGCCAGCUGGCCGACUACCUGCGCUCCCACAAAAUCAUGUCCACCACGAACGUCAGGAAGCUUAUGAACUGCGGAGGCUUUGGCAUGGAGGCCACUCUGCUCCUCGUGGUGGGCUUUUCCCACACCAAGGGCAUCGCCAUCUCCUUUCUCGUGCUGGCGGUGGGCUUCAGUGGAUUUGCUAUCUCAGGCUUCAACGUGAACCACCUGGACAUCGCUCCACGCUAUGCCAGUAUCCUCAUGGGCAUCUCCAACGGGGUGGGCACCCUGUCGGGCAUGGUGUGUCCUCUCAUAGUGGGAGCCAUGACCAAGCACAAGACCCGAGAAGAGUGGCAGUACGUCUUCCUCAUAGCCGCUCUCGUCCACUAUGGAGGAGUGAUCUUCUACGGCAUCUUUGCGUCCGGCGAGAAGCAGCCCUGGGCCGAUGCCGAGGACACCAGUGAGGAGAAGCGUGGCAUCCUGGACGAGGACGAGCUGGCCGACGCCACCGAGGAGAUGCACCAUUCGGCCAGAGGGGGGCAGUACGGAGCCUUGAGUGGCCCCCCUGCAGGCGGCGGCAGCGGUGGGGGCGGAGGCUGGGUGGCCGACUGGGACUGUACCGAGGAAUACGUGCAGCCCCCCGGGCCGAACCACUACCUGUACAGCGGAGGGAUGGAUGGACACCUGGGGGCAGCGUGACGUGUGAACCUGUGUACAUGGUCCUCCUUGCCGAGUGUGUCUUUGUGAAUGUGUGUGUUUAGCUGCAGAGCCCACAUUCCCCUUUCCCCUUCCUCUGGUCAAAGUGUGGCCCGUGUGCCAGAUUAAUAAGAGAGUGCGCGCGUAUGUGUGUGUGCGUGCGUGCGUGCGUGCAUGUGUAUGUUGUGUGCGUGUGUGCGCCCCACUCUUUCUCCGCAUUCCCUUUGAAAAAUGUUUCUUAAUAUUCAGGUCCACGGCUUUGUACCGCGCUGCCAUGCUGCAGGUCGGCCUCGUGCCUCGAACCUCUGCCCUGCGCCCGACACCGUGGAACUGAACUGAUGCACCUGAUGAGCUCAUUUGUUUGCAUUGUGAGCAUCAAAAUAUGGAAUAUACACACAGUCUAUGAAAGCACAGAAUUUUGGAAGGUUUCGUAGAGAAAUGCAUUCUGGGUAGCCAACAUACUGUAUAGGCCAGAGUCCAGGUCAGUUACGUGUUACCUGUGAGCAGCAGGAAAGGUGAGCCGUGUAUCUGUGUGUGAGCGUCAUUGUCGGUGUCAGUGUCGAUAUUGGUGUGCGUCGGUGUGAGUGCGACAGUGUCAGUGUGAGUGCCAGGGCUGCUGAGAUACUGAGCAGCUGUGUGGUGCGUGGGUUCGAAUGGAUGCCACCGCUAUAAUGACUGUGGAGAAGGAGUGUGAAGAGGUUCAGCACACGUUAAUGGAGCCUCUUAGCACCGGCAGCAGCAACACACUCGAUCACACACUUGAUCACACACUCUCGUGGAGGCAGAGGCUAGCAGUCCAACACACGGUCGGUGACCUGGACGGUAGGUGACUGACGGUGAACAUCCUCAGCUGUCUGAUGUGAUGAGACAAAGUCAUGCUCAAGUGUUUCCAGGGAAGAGGGACGCUGGACACAUGACACGAGGGACAUGGGACACAAGGACACAGGGGACGUGUGACUCCUAACCCAUAGCAACAGGUCACUUUGGAGUUGUUGCCUGUUUCAGCGUGGAUCUGCACACCAGUGUUUUUAUUCCAUCGGUUAUCUUGGAUACUACAGCAGUUAUUAUAUAGGAUAUAAUACCAGAUACUGUACCGGUUAUUAUAUGGGAUAUAAUACCACGGUACCAGUUAUUAUAUCCCGUAUACUACCAGUAUAGACACUACCAGUUAUUAUAGCAGUUAUUAUAGCAGAUAUAAUACUGGAUGCUGCCCCACCCAGGUAACAGGCAAGAGGAGAGGAGCUUGAAUAGCUUUGCAGGCCUGCUGUUCUGUGCUCUUCUGUUUCCUCCUCCUCCAUAUGUUCAGUGGAAUGUGUCACAUCUACAAAUGAUCAGAAAUAGAACUAAUGCAUUUUUAAUAAAGGAAUAAUGUGGAAUGAAUGUGUUUACUGUAGAUGGUGAAACGGUUAAACAUGAUCUCAGGCAUAAUAUAGAGAGUGGGCGUGGGCCGCGAACCCUGCACACUGCCGAAAAUGUGUAGUCAUUGAGAGUGACACACAAGGGGUCACGAGACCCAGAGCACCCCCCCCCGUGGGAGGGAGAUCAGCGUGGUGGGAGACCAGGUGGAGGUACCUGCACUACUUCACCAGAAAUCUCCUCAGUUCUUUACUUCUGCAUUUGUCCUUGUUCUUGUUUUUCUUCAUUCUGUUUCUUCCUGUGGUUUUGUUGACUUCUGUUUUGAUCUUUUAUUAUUUGAAAUGCUCUUUACUUGAAAAAAGUAAAGCAUACAUGAAUUAUAAAAGAAUAUAUAUGUACGAAAUAUGGGCAUGUGAAAAACCCCUGUAUAAAAUAAAUGAAAAUGAGUGUGUAUGUAUACA